AUUUCAGUACUGUAAUAGGGAGGGAAAAAAAAGGAACUGUCACCUUGCGCUCUCGCCGCCUCGCCCAGCGCCGCCGCCCGCCCGCCGCCUCUCCCGCCGGCCACCGCUUCAAUCCCGCCGUCCGCCGCCCGUGCCUGCCUCCACCGCGCCCUUUCCCGAAACUUCACCGGCGUUCCCCAACCUCCGCCGAGCGCCUUCGCCCUGCCCUAGCCCUUCCCGAACCCGGACGACUGACGGCGGCGCUCCGGUCAGGCGCCGGGAGAUAUGGGUUUACGUACCAGACGGCCGACUGUUGCAAUGCGUAGUGGUGACGAAGAAGAUUUUGACGAUGAUGGUGAUGAUGAUUACAGUGAUCAAAACGAUUAUGAUUAUAUCUGCAAAUAUGACGCUAGCCACAAUCAUGGUAGUGGUGAUGACAAGAGCAGUGAUGAUUACAGCUGCACUGAUGAUGAUAGCAACGAUGAUGGUGAUGAUAUUGACAAUGAUGAUGGUGGUGGUGGUGAUGCUACUGAUAAUUUAUGUGCAAUAUGUGACAAUGGAGGGAAAUUGCUAUGCUGUGAAGGACAAUGUAAAAGGUCCUUCCAUCCCAGAGAAAAAGAUGGAAGGGAAUCUAAUUGUGAAACUCUUGGUUUAACUUCUGCACAAUUACAGGAAAUUGAUCAUUAUCUAUGCAAGAACUGUGAAUAUAAGCAACACCAAUGUUUCAGUUGUGGAGAUCUUGAGCCAUCUGAUGGACCAAAUGCUAAGGUGUUCCAAUGCUACAAAGCAUCUUGUGGGCACUUCUACCACCCCAGUUGUAUUGCCAAAUUACUUGAGCCUGAUGAUACUGAUGGAGCUUGUGAGUUGGAGAGGAGGAUUGCUGCUGGGAUGUCAUUUACAUGUCCUGCACAUUGGUGCUCAGAAUGUAGAACGAUGGAAGACAGUACUCAACCAGAACUUUGGCUUGCGGCCUGCAGACGCUGUCCGGUGUCAUAUCACAAAAAAUGUUUCCCAAGAAGCAUUUCCUUUGAGAGAAAGCGUGGCACAAGUGUACGCGCUUGGCACCUGGGUGAUAGAAUUAUCAUUUACUGUGGAAGCCAUAAACUAGAAGCUGAGCUUGGAGCACCUAGCAGAGACCAUAUAAAGUUACCAUCUAGUACAGAAAUGGAUACUGUUGGAACACAUUGCAUUGACCAAAUAAAGUUAACUCCCGUUCGAAAAAUUUAUAGAACAAGAAAUCUUGCUAAGAAGAAAACAAAAGUGACUGGUAAAAGGAAAAUGAACACUGAUCAGGGUUCAACAGGAACUGCGGAGCUGUCAAACAAGGUAUGUCGAGAAGAAGCCGACCAGAUAAAGUUAACUCCCGUUCCAAAAAUUUAUAGGACAAGAAAUCUUGCUAAGAAAACAAAAGUGACUGGUAAAAGGAAUAUGAACACCGAUCAAGGUUCAACAGGAACUGUGGAGCUGUCAAACAAGGUAUGUCGAGAAGAAGCCGACCAGAUCCAAACAGUAGAUAUGAAUGACUUAACAGAAGAUAAGAUUCCAAAAGGGAGAGGUGUCCUUGAGAAAGAGACCAUCCGUUUGAAUCAAGCACACAAUGAUGAGCUAGAAAAACUUAUUGGGGAGGAACAGGCUGAAGAGGAUGAAAGCAACACCAAAUCUGGAGAAGAGAGAGAAACUCGUAGGAGAGAAAAUACAUAUGGGGAAAAGGAGAAGACUCCUGGGAACAACAGUAAUAAAUUUGGAUUACCUGACGGGCGGUUAACCUCCGGAUCUGAUGGUGACCGAGAAGUUGAUGGAAGCCAUGCCUGCCAGCAGGAGCUGAAGAGCCCUCACUGCAAUGAUAAUAACAAAGCAACAGAAAUUGAUACUUCAAGUGACAAGUCAGGAAAGAGACAGAGACAGGAGGAACAGGCAACUGAUGGUAACAUGUUGGACUUGGAAAGGAACAAUAAGAAGUUUCACAUGGAAACUGGAAGAGAUGCUCAUCAAAGUCCUCAGCAUCUUCAUAAUCACAAAAAAACAGAUGCUCGUCAAAGUUCUUGUUCCUCAUCAAAAGAUCAUCCUCGGUGUAAUGAUGAUCAGAGAUCUUCAAUGACUUCCGAAUACAAAUCCAGAGAGGGAAGAGGAUCAAGUAGAGAAGAGUGGAGAAAUAAUAUGAGGGAAAAUUCUUAUAGGGGUGGGUCACCCUCGGGGAGAAGAAAUUCUCAAAAUAGAUCAAGCAGACAUUCUCCGGAAGGGCGAAGGGCGGAGUAUCGUAACAGUCAUCAUAGAAGCAACAACCAACACAGAUAUGAGCAACAUCGACACGAUGAUUAUUUCAAAUGUCGUGAUGAUUAUUCCAAACACCGUGAUGUUGAUACUGGUGGAAGGAGGUCGAGUCGUCAUGAGGAUCAUUCUAGAGAUGGUGGUAGGAGGAGGUCGAGUCAUCGUGAGGAUCAUUCCACUGAUGGUGGUAGGAGGAGGUCGAGUCAUCGUGAGGAUUAUUCCAGUGAUGGUGAUAGGAGGAGGUCGAGUCACCGUGAGGAUCAUUCCACUGAUGGUGGUAGGAGGAGGUCGAGUCAUGGUGAGGAUCAUUCCAGUGAUGGUGGUAGGAGGAGUGAUGGUGGUAGGAGGAGGUCGAGUCAUCGUGAGGAUCAUUCCAGUGAUGGUGAUAUUGGUGGAAGGAGGUUGAGUCCCCAGCAGUCAGCACUUCCUUCUGGUAAUUUUGGUACUAGUCUCAGCCCCCCUUCACAUCCGACCACUGAAUAUGGUGCUAGCAGAAGGCAUGGUUCCCCUCCAUAUCAGAGAUCUGAACAUGCUGCUAGUGGAAGCCGUGGCCCCUAUAUGAACCCACGAGGAUCAGGCCCUGCAGACUAUGAAAUGGAAAAGAGAAGUGUUCCCCUUCACCAUGAUGCGCCCAAUGUCGAGGAGUACACCGGUCGACCACUGAAUAUGGUGCUACCAGAAGGCAUUGCUCCCGUUAAUACGUACUCUCUCCGAGGGGAAUCUCCUGGUGCAUAUGGUCCUGGAACAGAUGCCGGCAUGGGCGAAGAAACCACAUUCCGUGGUGGGCGUUUCGGUGAUCAUGGAGUGAGGUCAGAUUAUCCACGAAGCAGCAGCAUGAAUGCAGAGGAUAGGGCUUUUGCUGCAGGUUCCGUUACGGAUAGGUAUGUCCCGCACCUCGACCGAACGAACCACCCAAUAAGAGUUGACGGUUAUCUGCCGGAUUAUCCCGUAUGGUAGGUUGCUGCUGUUGUGAUCCUCGUGUUGCCAGUCCCAGCCAGCCUAUGAAAAGCCCUGCAGGAAACCAACAGUUAAACCUCAAUUAGCCGCGAAGCGAAUCGGGUGUCAAACCUUAGUUUGUCAGAGUGGUUGGACGGUAACUUUCAACCCGAGGUGGUGCCAGCGUACCUUAACGAGUGUGUUUGAUGUUGGCCUCGGAUCUUGCUACUUGUCGAUUGACAGAAAUGAUCUGCUUAGUUUGCGGUUUGGUUGCUGGAGUGUGCUUAUUUUAUAAUCUGGUGUGGAAACUUACCCACAGAAGUAAGCAGAAGUGGUUCAGACAAAAACGGGCCAAGCAAAUGGAAGCGCUAUAUAAUGCAGUGAAUGCCAAUCGCAGCUAAGUCUUUGGUGGUCUUUUUCUAUUGCUCCAAAUUUGUAUGUGGUAAUCUGCAGUUGUUCCAAAUAUGUUGUAUGCCAGACUCGGAAGGUUUCUUCAGUUGUGCUCGACUUGUAGUGACCCUCACUGAGGGCCAUGUGUUGAUGUUUGUAAAAAAUAGUGAAUGGUCGA